CCAAGUUUAGUCCCUUUGAAUAACUUUGAAUAUCUUUGAAUAUCAUGGAUCGCCACGCAGGUGAGCUUACAACGAUGCGUGUCCAGGGUCUCAUCGGAAACUCCCAGGUGAAUCGACGGUCUGUUCCAGCUCUAAACCGCACCUCGCAGGAGAUGAUCUUUUCUCGCCCAGCAACCCACAGGCAGCUUGGCAAGACAACACAGGCUCCUGGCUCACCCAACACUCAGCGAACUGCUUAUCGAGAGGUCUUGGCGCGGCCAAAGUCAGAGAGGGCUUUCUCACCACAGGUUCCAAUGCCAGGGAACCAUUCUGCAACUGUUCCAGAGGUCAGAGGCUUCUCACGUUCGCCUGAACAAACAGGGUGUGACAGAGGACAUUUGUCUCCGCAGCCAAAAUCUUUCCGAUUCCCACACUCUGGUGGACAAUUAUCACCAUAUGCUGGCUCUCCAUCUGCUUCUCCGCAGGUACCUGUGCACAUCAGCUUUGCUAUGGUCAGCCCUCCGCCGCCGACCUCACUACAAUGCCAGCAGCUCCAGUACCAAUCGACGAUGGGGCGGAGAUAUGUCCCGCAAGACUUUGGUGCUGCUGCGCAACUGCAUCCGUUGCACUGCGCUCACCAAACACGGCAGACACUGCCUGGGUCAGUGCAAGGCGAGAUGAAGGAACCUAGCCCAUCAAGCGCACCAUUGCAGCCUAUCAGUUCAUACAGCACUGCUUCAGCCAGAGCUCUGCCAAGCUCAACGCACUCAACGCCAUCUUUGCAGGAUUUGAACUCAGCUUGCCUCCAACAGAACUUCUUAGUCGAGGACUCAAGGGUCCGAGAGAGAAGCUGGGACAUGGAGGAUCCCUUCUAUAAACUUCGCCAGGAGAUUCAGACCCAGUGCAAGCUUCAUGCUGAGAUGAUUCGUGCCGAGGUGUCAAGCCUAUGCAAUGAGACUGGGCGACGUUUGCACGAGGAGAUCUCAAGAAUCCAAGAUGCGAAGGAUGAAGAAUUCGCACAAGUGCAUGCCAUGAUGCAAACCCUCGAUGCGAAAGUCCAAGAGUGUCAGCAAAAGUUGGACACCUGCUGCCAGGAGUCGGGCAAGCCUUCAUUUCAAAGCACCAUAGACAUAGAUCUUCAGGUCUUUAGAAACGAGCUGGAAGCCGAGCGACUGUGUCGCAGUGAUCGAAUCAGUGAGGUCCAUGAUCGCAUCCGUGAGGAGGUGAGCAGAAUGACCAAGCUCAUUGAGGAGAAUCGGACGGCAUCACUUGAGGCCAUAGCUUUGGAACAUUCUGCUAGAAGUAGCGAUGCGAAGGAACUAAGGGCAAAACUGGAGUCAAUGUGGAAGCAGGCCUUGAUGAGCCCUCAAGCAAGUGGCUCCCCAGUCAAGGCAGAAUCUCCACGGGCAGAGGAGCUCUCGGCAGCUGGAGAUCCCGAAGACAUGUACACGCUUUAUGAGAUGGCGAGAGAGGCGUUGGGCGAUACAGUCCACUUGAGACAACUCGUUACCGAGGAAAGAUCUGAGCGGAUCCGGGAGAUUACUUCCAGCAGGCACCAAAUGGACAUGCUGUCCCGCGAGCUCAACACUGUACAAGCUCUUUUGAGAGAGGCCACUGCUGGUGGAAGCCAAAAGGCUUGCAUGUCUGCCAAUGACGAGUAUCUUGAAGGAUCCUAAGCUAGAACCCUUAAAGGCCAGAGCCUUUGGUGCUGAUAGCUGGUUAAUGACUUGAGUCCGAGGAAAGCGAGAUCCAACAUGGAUUUCGCUUGUCCCUUUGCGAAUAGCUUAAGUGCUGCUGAAAGCGCAAAAAAGAGAAUCUCUGAACAGAAAACAUAAAAUCGAAAGUGAAAUAAGACAGUCUUACUGCAGC